AUGUCCAUCCCACCAGUCAACGCAACUGCUACAACCGUUAGAAGAAGUAGUUGGCAGCCUCCUCCGGAUGGAUGGGUGAAAUUGAAUGUAGACGGUAGCGUGAAAGGCGAUCCCCCAUCCUCAGCUAUUGGGGGAGUAGCUCGUGAUCCAACAAGUAAUUGGAUAGCUGGUUUCUCCACACACGUUGGACUUUGUUCUGUGUUAGAAGCAGAACUUAAAGCUCUCAGAGACGGCCUCUCCCUUAUCUGGAUAUUGAGUUACCUCAAAGUGUUGGUGCAAUCGGAUUCGGCAACAACCGUCAAACUCAUUCUCUCUGAGAAAGAGUUGUUUCAUCCUCUUGGAAUGAUCAUUGCAGACUGCCAGACUAUGCUUCAAAAGUCUUGGGAAAUAGAACUAUCACACACACUAAGAGAGAAGCUAACAUGGUUGUUGAUGCAUUGGCAGAACUUGGACAUGAUUGUAGGUCAAGAGAACGACUUUGGCCAACUCCUCCAAGUGUCAUCUUACAACUGGUGGAUUUAG